AAAUGUUUUACAUGGAAAUCACAACUUGUUACACAUCAGCAAAGUCACACAGGUGAGAAGCCAUUUCCAUGCUCUGAGUGUGGGAAAUGUUUUGCACAGAAAUCAGAUCUUGUUAAACAUGAGAGAAGUCACACAGGUGAGAAGCCUUUUUCUUGCUCUGAGUGUGGGAAAUGUUUUACACAGAAAUCACAACUUGUUACACAUCAGCAAAGUCACACAGGUGAGAAUCCAUUUCCAUGCUCUGAGUGUGGGAAAGGUUUUGCACAGAAAUCAGAUCUUGAUAAACAUCAGAGAAUUCACACAGGUGAGAAGCCAUUUCCAUGCUCUGAGUGUGGGAAAUGUUUUGCACGCACAUCAGCUCUUCUUAUACAUCACAGAAGUCACACUGGUGAGAAGCCAUUUCCAUGCUCUGUGUGUGGGAAAUGUUUUGCACAGAAAUCAGAUCUUGUUAAACAUCAGAGAAGUCACACAGGUGAGAAGCCUUUUUCUUGCUCUGAGUGUGGGAAAUGUUUUACACAGAAAUUACAUCUUGUUACACAUCAGAUAAGUCACACAGGUGAGAAACCAUUUCCAUGUUCUGAGUGUGGGAAAUGUUUUACAUGGAAAUCAGAACUUGUUAUACAUCAGAGAAGUCACACAGGUGAGAAACCAUUUCCAUGCUCUGAGUGUGGGAAAUGUUUUGCAUACAAAUCAGAUCUUGUUAAACAUCAGAGAAGUCACACAGGUGAGAAGCCUUUUUCUUGCUCUGAGUGUGGGAAAUGUUUUACACGGAAAUUACAUCUUGUUACACAUCAGAUAAGUCACACAGGUGAGAAACCAUUUCCAUGUUCUGAGUGUGGGAAAUGUUUUACAUGGAAAUCAGAACUUGUUAUACAUCAGAGAAGUCACACAGGUGAGAAACCAUUUCCAUGCUCUGAGUGUGGGAAAUGUUUUGCAUACAAAUCAGAUCUUGUUAAACAUCAGAGAAGUCACACAGGUGAGAAGCCUUUUUCUUGCUCUGAGUGUGGGAAAUGUUUUACACGGAAAUCACAACUUGUUAUACAUCACAGAAGUCACACAGGUGAGAUCCCAUUUCCAUGUUCUGAGUGUGGGAAAUGUUUUGCACAAAAAUCAGAUCUUGUUAAACAUCAGAGAAUUCACACAGGUGAGAAGCCAUUUCCAUGCUCUGAGUGUGGGAAAUGUUUUGCAUACAAAUCAGAUCUUGUUAAACAUCAGAGAAGUCACACAGGUGAGAAGCCUUUUUCUUGCUCUGAGUGUGGGAAAUGUUUUACACGGAAAUCACAACUUGUUACACAUCACAGAAGUCACACAGGUGAGAAGCCAUUUUAAUCUUCUGGAGUAUACUUAUUGCCAUGCGUUGUUCUUCAAGGUUCUUAUCCUAUCUCCUAUGCUUUUUGCAAUAAUACAUGCUACCGCAGGGUGAAAUAAUCAGAUGUCAUGCCCUCAUCUACCACUGCUAUGCAGCUCUGUAUUUUGCUCUGGGUACUGAGAACCCAGUACCAAUCCUAAAUGUCUAGCUGAUCUCCAAGUGUGGGUGAUGCCAGUUGGCUGUGACUCAGUCCUGGUGAAACAGGUCCUUAUGAUAGAAGCUCACCAACAAAGGGCAGGGCUACAGCUCAACUUUGCGAACCAACCAGGCUUGCGCUUGGGGGUUCAGAGUUACAAAAUGCUGAUAUGUGAGUCAUUCCGAUUUCGUUUGU